AAUACGGGGGUGGGCACUAUUAGUGCCAUUCAUUUUUAUUUUCCAACCAGAUUUGCUUUGACGCAAGAGUGGCGCCAUUUCCUCUCGCCGCUGCAAGCACCGUGAAAAAGGGCCUUAUAGUUGAAGUUGCAUUGUUACGAUGGUGAAAAUCUUCGUUGGGAACCUCUCGCCGAACACUACAGCGGAUGAUGUUCGCUCGCUCUUUUCUCAGUAUGGUAAGAUCUGCGAGUGUGUCAUAGUGAAAAACUUUGGCUUUGUGCACAUGGAUGACAAAGCGGAGGCGGAUGAAGCUAUCCGAAACCUUCACCAUUACGUGCUUAACGGUUUGGCAAUGAACGUGGAGCUGAGCAAAGGGAAACACAAGACGUCCACAAAGCUUCACGUGGGGAACAUCAGCAGUAGCUGCACCAACCAAGAACUCAGGGCCAAGUUUGAGGAGUAUGGCCCAGUGGUGGAGUGUGACAUAGUCAAAGAAUAUGCUUUUGUUCAUAUGGAGCGGGUGGAAGACGCCAUGGAGGCCAUCGGUGGCUUGGACAACACAGGCUUCCAAGGCAAACUGAUGAGCGUGAAGCUUUCGACUAGCCGCCUGCGUACCGCGCCGGGAAUGGGAGAGAGAACGGGUUGUUAUCGGUGCGGGCAGGAAGGCCACUGGUCCAAAGAAUGCCCAAUGGACCAGAACGGCUCCUACCGAGAGGGCUCAGGCUCGGAAGGAUAUGUGCCCCACCGGUUUGGUGAGGGUGGCGAUCGUGGCGGCCGGGGUUUUCAUCGCGGCUUCAGUGGCGAGCAAGGCUACAGUGGCAGCUUUGUACCUUCACAUGGCUUCACCAGGGGAGCAGGGUAUGGUGUCCCUGGGUAUGGAAGGGGCGCGGGUUUUGAGAGCGCAAUGAAUUACGGUUUGCCAGCGGGUUACGGCAUUGGCGCGGAUAAUAGCAUGGCCCCGGCGUACGGCAGCGAAGCGGCGUAUGGGAGCAGUGGCAUGGGCUACGGUGGUGCGUUGCCUGCGUACCCAAUACGGCGACCGCCCUUUGAGGAAAGAGAUCCGUAUGGGGUGGUGGACUUCUACGAGAAGUAUCGGGCACGUCCGUACGGAAUCAGUUAUUUCGAAGAUAGACACGCGGUUCCACCUCCAGUCCCUCCUCCCCCGUCUUCCUCUGCGAUCGCGAGACCGUCUUCUAACCUCGACCCAUACGAGAGGCGUCCCCUUCCCCCUCCUCCAACUCCCGCCUCUUCAUACUAUGUCCGCGACCGAAGCCCAAUCCGGCGAGUUCCCCUAGAGGUGGAGGGAUACGCGUACGAGCGAACGCACAUCUCCCCUUCGCAUCCCAGCAGUUCUGUGUACGACGUACCGCGGGAUCCAUAUGCCGAGCAGGCUCGCUAUGCUUACUAACCUAUAACCUGUACACAUUCAGGUGAGAUCAUUUUAGGAUUACAAAAGGUGAGAGCAAAAUUUGAUUACAUUUAGAGCAGUUGCGGGAAAUUGCUGUUAGAGUACUUUCAUUCAGUCUAUUGUGUCAUCAUGGACUUGACAUUACGAUCCUUCUCAGUGUGAACCUCAGUGGAUAUUUAUGUUUCAGGUCCUAUUUGUUAAAAACAGUAGCAGAUAAAUGCUUAAGAUAUGUUGAUUUAAAAAAAUUUAUUGGUUAAAUGAAACCACUUUCUAUUACCUAUAAAAGGUUUCUAUACAAUUCACGUUGGCAGUUUGGUGUUACGAAUACAUAAGUCCACAGAAUUGAUAAGUAACUCAUUGACAAUUUAAUAAUAGAUUUUUAUGUUUGCAGGUGUUUCUUGGUUGCUCAUCUAUUAUUUUAGAAGAAUGAUACAUUCAAUCUUGGCUGGAUCAUGGACAGUACAGACGGCCCACCUCUUCACUGAACUACUUUCGUUAUCUUAGCUAAU